AUGGAAGUGUUUGAACGAGUGUUUUGGGCCUUCGGUCCUUGUAUCGAUGGCUUUAAACAUUGUAUGCCUGUUAUCUGUAUCGAUGGGACGCACUUGUACGGGAAGUAUAAAGGAACACUGUUGGUUGCUACGAGUGUUGAUGCAAGCUUCCAAGUAUUUCCUAUUGCAUUUGCGGUGGUUGAAGGGGAAAACACUUCCAGCUGGUCUUGGUUCCUAGGUUGUAUUCGAGAUCGUGUCACGCAACGGGAUGGCCUUUGUGUUAUUUCUGAUCGGCAUCCUGGGAUCAUUGCAGCAAUGAGAACGUGUAUACUACGUAUAUUAUCACAAGCGAAUUAUGCAAUGAGUAAUGUCAUAUUUAACAUAGUUUUGUGUUUUGCUAUUGAAGCUAUGGGCUUGGGAGCACAUCCACGUAGGAAGACCAGGUAG